ACCGGAGCGGAAGUGGAGCUGCCGCCACUGCCGCCGCCGCCGCCGCCGCCGAUUCCCAGGACUGGGUAGCUGGCGCCGCCGACCCUGCAGCCGCCGCCGCCGCCGCGCUGCCUGAGGAGCGGGCUUGGGAAGGAAGCGGCCAUAGUCCUCGGAGCUUCGUUCGGAAGCGCCUUUGCCUCCUGCAGCCUUCCACGGGAAUGACCAUGGAUAAAAGUGAGCUGGUACAGAAAGCCAAACUUGCCGAGCAGGCUGAGCGCUAUGAUGAUAUGGCUGCAGCCAUGAAGGCCGUUACAGAACAGGGGCACGAGCUCUCCAAUGAAGAGAGAAAUCUGCUCUCUGUUGCCUACAAGAAUGUGGUAGGUGCCCGCCGCUCUUCCUGGCGUGUCAUCUCCAGCAUUGAACAGAAAACCGAGAGGAAUGAGAAGAAACAGCAGAUGGGCAAAGAGUACCGUGAGAAGAUAGAGGCGGAACUGCAGGACAUCUGCAAUGAUGUUCUGGAGCUGUUGGACAAAUAUCUUAUUCCCAAUGCUACACAACCAGAAAGUAAGGUAUUCUACUUGAAAAUGAAAGGAGAUUAUUUUAGAUAUCUUUCUGAGGUGGCAUCUGGAGACAGUAAACAAACCACUGUGUCGAACUCCCAGCAGGCUUACCAGGAAGCAUUUGAAAUUAGUAAGAAAGAAAUGCAGCCUACACACCCAAUUCGACUUGGCCUGGCACUUAAUUUCUCAGUCUUUUACUAUGAGAUUCUAAAUUCUCCUGAAAAGGCCUGCAGCCUGGCAAAAACGGCAUUUGAUGAGGCGAUUGCUGAGUUGGAUACACUGAAUGAAGAAUCUUAUAAAGACAGCACCCUGAUCAUGCAGUUACUUAGGGACAAUCUGACUCUGUGGACGUCAGAAAACCAGGGAGAUGAAGGAGAGGCUGGAGAGGGAGAGAACUAAUGCCUCCCAUGCUUCGUGAUCUGUUCAGUGUCACUCUGUACCCUCCACAUAUAUCCCUUUGUGCGAUAAAAAAAAAAAAAAAGAAUCCUAUGUCACCUUUCAAUUUUUCACAGCCUCAGC